CCCAAAUCCUAUUAAUUCUUAAUCACAAGAAACAGUUCCUAUAAAUGAACGGCCAUAACCAUCCAUCUACUCCGGUGUAUUUAAGAAAAGAUAGAAUUGAAGGAGACAGAAGGAACAGUACAACUAUGGAGAGGAAAAGAAAAUACACCAUUUAUGAUCAACAAUGGGUAUCGGUGAUUUCCAUUUUUGCCCUCUUACCUUCUUCCUUUUGUCUUCUUGACUAUAAAGAAGCUCUUUCGAAGAGCCUUUUGUACUUCGAGGCGCAGCGCUCCGGCAAGCUGCCGUACAACCAGAGAGUUUCUUGGCGCCACCACUCCGGUCUCACCGACGGCCUUGAGCAAGGGGUCGACUUGGUCGGAGGCUACUACGAUGCCGGCGACAACGUCAAGUUCGGUCUUCCGAUGGCAUUCACCAUAACGUUGUUGUCUUGGGCGGUCAUUGAAUACGGCAAAGAAAUAGCCGCCGCCGGCGAGUUCAGUCACGCUCUCGAGGCGAUCAAGUGGGGGACUGACUUUUUCAUCAAGGCUCACACUCGUCCUCAUGUGCUUUGGGUCCAGGUUGGUGAUGGGGGCACUGAUCACUAUUGUUGGCAACGACCCGAAGACAUGGCUACAUCUCGACGAUCGUACAAAAUCGACGAGAAGCAUCCCGGCUCCGACGUGGCCGCAGAGACAGCUGCCGCAAUGGCGGCUGCGUCUAUGGUUUUCAGGGAAACAAACUCCCAUUACGCUUCGCUUCUCCUAACCCAUGCACAGCAGCUGUUCGAGUUUGGUGACAAGUUCAGGGGACAAUAUGACGAGAGUGUCGGAGCCGCCAAGGGUUACUACCCCUCGUUGAGUGGUUACAAAGACGAGCUAUUGUGGGGAGCUCUAUGGCUAUACAAAGCCACCGACAAUGAAUACUACUUGAAUUAUGUUGUGCAAAAUGCCAAAUCUUUUGGAGGCAUCACUUGGACCAUCACCGAGUUCAGUUGGGACGUCAAAUACGCUGCCAUUCAAUUACUCGUUGCCAAGUUGCCGAUGAAAGGGCGGAAGCAUUUUGAAAUCAUUGAGGAAUACGGCGCGAAAGCCGAAUACUACAUGUGCGCUAAUUUAAACAUGAACCAAAAUUCGAGCAACGUGCGGCGCACCCCAGGAGGCUUACUGUACAUCCGCAGAUGGAACAAUCUCCAGUACGUCUCAACUGCGGUGUUCCUAAUGACCGUCUACUAUGACCACCUCAGGUCAACAGGUCGGGUUCUUAAUUGCCACCGUCGGUCAGUGAGACCGGACGACGUCUUUGCCUUCGCCAAAUCCCAGGUUGAUUACAUUCUGGGGAUCAAUCCCAUGGGCACGAGCUACUUGGUCGGGUUCGGCCCCAAGUAUCCACAACGGGUGCACCACAGGGCCGCAUCCAUCGUAUCAUACAAACGUGAAAAAAACUUUAUUGGGUGUAUGCAAGGUUACUUCACUUACUUCGGUUGUCGGGAUCCGAACCCGAAUGUUGUGAUUGGGGCAGUGGUGGGCGGGCCAGAUAUGAACGACCAAUUUGAGGAUAGACGGGGAAAUUACAUGCAAUCUGAGGCAUGUACUUACAAUACCGCAAGUCUUGUAGGACCAUUUGCCAAGUUAUAUUAUUCUAUUCAACACAAGGAUAUUUUUGCUACUAGACUGAGUUAGAGUUAGAUAUAACGAGUUCUUCCACAAUUAUUGCAAUAUUUGCAUAUACAAAGUAUAUAACACAUGAACCAUUACUAUUUGUAACCUCUAAUCAAUAAUCCUUAUUAUGUAAGAAAGAAUGACCCAAAUAUUAGUGUGAGAGUUUUAGUAGACAAAAAUAUGAUUGAUUAAUAAAAAGACAAAAAU